AUGGCGCCCUCUAGUCCCAUCUUCGCCAUGCGCAUGGUGACCUCCAUUCUUUUACUUUCAAGCAUUGCAUACGCAAGCGUGCUUCCGCCCCAUAAGAUUUAUAAUCGACACUUACCCAAUACCAUCAACGUACGCGCGCCCACCGAAGACGCAGCAAUUACACACAAUGUCGACGACGUGGCGAUCGUUGCGAACGAGAAGAAGGACGGCAAGAACUUCUUCAAAGAGCUGGGCAAUUUUCUGAGCGAAUUCGACCCUGUAGAUAUUUUCCGGACGAUUCUUGGUGGGCUUCUCGGAUUAAAAGUUGAUGAUGCGACAAACGGUUCGAGUUCUUCGCCUACGACGACUGUUUCAAUCACACCAACACCCAUAGAAGCAACUUUGUCUACGGUGAAGACUACAUCGACGAAGACGGUCACUACAACUCAGCUGCGGAAGUCUAGCACGAGAGCCGAGCUUGCAUUCUCCAUCUUGCCGAUCUUUCCAACCGAGGAGCCUCUGGAACUUACAGGCCUUGCUCCUACCCGAGUGUUCACGCCACAUCACAUCAUCUUCACGCCAGGGGCGUCUGCAUCAGUGGAUGUAGCAGCGUCGGUCCAUGCAGAAGUUUCUGUCAAGGUGCUGCCAAGUGGGCCUUUCAUCAACACUUCCGCUGGUAUUCCUGCACACAAGCCCACCCCCAUUGUCGUCUUCGACAAUUUCGAAACCUCAGCGACGCCCUUAAUCGAUGAUUUUCUGAGUGCUAUAGAGACAGAUGGGGCCCCAGAUCCAGAGAAUCUACCCGAUCUAAUCGCCACUGCCGCACCGGUCAACGCAACUACUGCACCAAAUGCCACUGCUUCCGGGAUCACCGUAACAUAUGAACCUGAAGAGACUUUCUCCAUUCUUCCUUUCAUCCCACCAGGCGAGGACCUAGCCGAUAACGUCACCAACACAGGGCCAUUUAAUUCAUCCACCGCGCCAAUCACCGCUACUGGAGAAGUCAUCGAGUCAUCCGAACCCGAAGAAACGUUCUCUAUACUGCCAUUUUAUUCGUCAGGUAAGGGCUGGUCUGACAUUUUCAGCCUCCCAGCAACCGUCGAUGAGAUCCCCCCUCUAGAGACAUUUGAAGUGGUUACUACCCCAGUCACUGAUGUUCCGGGAGCGACCUUACUACCAGUUCAGACCGAAGAAAUAUUUUCUAUACUGCCAUUCUAUUCGUCAGGCAAGGGCUGGGCUGAUAUUUUCAGCCUCCCAGCAACCGUUGAUGAGAUCCCCCCUCUAGAGACAUUUGAAGUGGUCACUACCCCAGUCACUGAUGUUCCGGGAGCGACCUUACUACCAGUUCAGACCGAAGAGAUAUUUUCUAUACUGCCAUUCUAUUCGUCAGGCAAGGGCUGGGCUGAUAUUUUCAGCGUCCCAGCGACCGCCGAUGAGAUCCCCCCUCUAGAGACAUUUGAAGUGGUUACUACCCCAGUUACUGAUGUUCCGGGAGCGACCCUACUACCUGUCGAGACUGUUGAGCCAAUGUCUAUCCUUCCCUUCUUUGGGCCAGGCGAGCAUCUAUCCGAUAAUGUUACAAUGCCGACCCCUACCGAACAAGUCCCAGAGCUGCCGAUACCUGUCUUUACUGGUCUCGAAGAGUCCUUGAAUGCUUUUGCAGGGGAGGAUGUGGCCAUUACCAUGCCAGCAGAAGUUGAAGCAAAUACCCCACUGGAGACAGAUGGUCCUGAUUCCAACGACCGCGCGCCUGUUCCACUCCUGGAACUUGUAAAUGGCACCUAUGUGCUGCCAGCGACGAAGAAACCAGACUUUGUUACCCCUGUUCUGUCAUGGCCACCGCCAGGGUUCAACGUCACUGCAAAGCCAGCGGUUUCCACAAGGAGGGGCCCACCCAGAAAGACAUCAUCUAGGAGAAGCGCUCUUCCGACGUGGCCUAACGUGUUUACGCCCCUACGGCCGACGAAGCCUAUCGUUCUCCCACCGCCACUCAUUCGUCCUACAAAUUUCCCCCUCAAUCAAACUUUCUUCGCAAACCAAACAAACGGAGCUGCCAGUGCGGUCGCGAAGUCAUCCCGUCCUCUGAUAUUGACAAACCCGCUUCGUCCUACGGUAGAGGCGCUUCCUCUGCCCAGACCGUUUCCCCUACCUGGACCAAUCCCACCAUUCCCUCUAGCAGGACCAUUUUUCAACAAUACAAGAGGCAUUAGACCCAUCGGGCGACCAACACGCCCAUUUAUCCUGACGGACCCGCUUCGAACAACACCUGAAUCGUUUCCUACCCUUAUCCUUGCGAGCUCGCCCCGUCCUCCCAUUGAGACUUUCGAACCGCUUGAUGCGAGAAGCACCACAACGAGGACUCUCAAGAUCAGGAGUACCACUAUCAAAACUGUGAUCGUAAUGCCAACCCCUGUGGGAGACGUUCCUGAUGUGUCGGUUCUGGGCGUGGAUGUACCUGCGGAUGAGCCAUUGCCUAGUGAUGCGGGUUUCGUGGGCCCGGAAUUCCCGUUUGAUGAGGGUGAGGAUAUUCCUGUCAGCGAGAAUCCGAGGCCAACUCUUCCUAUCAAUGACUUCGACGACCCGGACGUCUCCAACGGCAUUCUAUCGCCUACGGCUACUCUGAUUAUCAACGACUUCGACGAUUUUGAUGUCUCUAGCGAUACUUUGAGGCCGACAAUUGCUCCUAUCCUUGGUGAUGUCGGCGAGUUGGACAUCCCAAGUGAUCUUGUGGAGCCGAGUGCUGCGCCCAUUAUUGAUGACUUUGGCGAGUUUAACUUCUCGGUUGCUCUCUCCGCACCAACACCUGUAGAGACAGAUGUCUCACUACCUGACGUGCCACCAUCCUUCGUGGACUCCCUCAAAACUUUCACCACCAUCGCUAAUGUUCUGCUCCACCCUGGAUUGGGAGUCAAAGCUACUGGAAGUGCGGAACUGGACAUUGCCCUCUUAGAAGACACCACCUUCCCCUCAGACCUCGUCGUCUCGAAGCUACCGCUCUUUACGCCAACGCCCACACCCCGGGACUCCGUGAAACGCCUUGCUGAAAUCUGCGGCGACGGACAAGUAACAACGGUCACGCUUCCCCUGUUGCAGAGUUGGUACGGACCGAAUGCGUACCCUAGUUUGAGGAGUUACCCAGGAUGUGCGCCAGCGAACCCACGACAAGCCAUCCAAGCCCCCGGGCUACUGAACUGCACCGCACUGGGUCGAGAAGUGCAAACAUGCCAGAAAGCAGGGAAACGCGUGUUGCUUGGGAUCCGCGCCGAUGCCCCCUCGGCUGUGAACGGGAAUCUAAAAUGGGGAAGUGCGGAUCCUGGGGUCCUGGGAUUGAAGCUGCCGCUGCCGCUGCCGCCAGGCCCGUUCCUGGGCCGCCCGGGACAUCCGAUUUUUCCGCAGGCUGGGAACUUGACGACGGUGAAGGUGGAUGGGAAGACGGUCCCGGCGCCGAACCUGUUCGAUGCGCUGCAUACGCCUACCGGACUCGCGGCGACUCUGUUCUCCCUCUUUGGCGAGGGCCAUGCUGAGCGUGCGGAUCUAAGGCCGCUGGGUCCGGAUGCGCCGAGCAACUUUAGCUCGGAUAAAAUCAUGUGGGUUGCGAAGCCCCUCGGAGAAGAAGUGGUGGUGGACGGGUUUGAUGUGCGGACGCCGGGGCAAUGGAAGGGAACGCCGCAGGCUGCGCUUGUGGAGAGAUUUGUGAGUUCGUUGAAGGAGAGCGUGGAGAAGGCGUGGAAGGAGGAGGGAGUAAAAGGGGGUUUGAAUGAUCUCGGGGUAGAUGGGCCGGGGGAGGUUGUCAGUGGGUAUAUUUGA